AUGACAACCCUCUCUAUUCCCGACAUUACUAUCACUCCAGCGCUUCCUGACGAGGACAGUCGAAGAACAUGUACUACACCGUCCGCUUCUCUACCGGGAUCUAUCAUACACACCUUCAGAGACGUUCUGAAAGAGCUUCACCCUCGAUGGAGUGACGCAGACCUCAUCAUUACGGAGGAAGAACUCGCGAAGGCUCCGCCUAUGUCCAAGCUUCCUCGCAUACUUCCCAGGAAUGGAAUGCCAUCACCGCCAUGUUUGCAAUACGGUCUCCCUAUCAUGCUUGAAUAG